CAUAAGAUCUUGGUCAGUUCUCCAUCUUUAUAAUUUGCAAUUGUAAACUUUAUCCACAAAAAACAUAUAUUUAUUGGCAGCUGGAAAAUGAUAACAACCGUGAUCAUUGUGUUGGUGAUCCUCUACUUCUUGAAGGAUCUUUUCCUGGACAUCAGAAGCGUCAAUCCUCUUGACGCGGCCAAACAGGAAUCUCCGGUGGUGGAAGGAAAAUUCACCCCCAAAACCCUUUGCAAGUACAAUGGGUCGGAUGAUCCCAAGAUCUUUAUGGCGGUGAAGGGCCGCGUGUUUGACGUGAGUCAGGGUGCCACCUUCUACGGGCCAGGGGGACCAUAUGAGAACUUUGCUGGGAGAGACGCUUCAAGAGGAUUGGCCAAGAACUCAUUUGAGCUCGAAUUGCUCACGCCUUUGGACCAGCCGCUCGACACUUUGGAGGACUUGACACCAGAGGAACGUGAGAGUUUGGACUCGUGGGAAGAGCACUUUGAAAACAAGUACAAGAUCAUUGGGACUCUUCACGGUGAGAAUGAAAAGUAGGUGAGUCUAGUGGCAGCAGUAGGUGGAUACCUAGGGUGACAAGCACCUGGGAAAUGUCAUUGCUGUAGUCCUAAGUACAAAAUUAUAUAUAUAACUAUACGAUCCUAUUUCCUG